AUGCUGCCACCCAGCAUCCAGAUCCACGAGGGACCUGGCCAAGUUGUUGUCAAGCUCGCUGACGGGAAACCACGCCGCGUAUCGCGGCGCGAAGUAUCGUUGCCGUACACAUUUGACGGCUUACGCAGUAACGACAAUUUCUUGGUGAUUGAAAUGAAUUAUUCAUUCGAUUGCAUCCUGGGCAUGCCAUGGUUGGCACGCUAUAAGCCCCAGAUCGACUGGUUAGCCAGAUCAGUGAGACGUCGAAGCAAGUUCGACGUCAGCGAAGUGUUCACCCAUCUCUUGGUGUCUCCAAGUGAUUGGCCGAACGUUACAGUCGUGGAUCGUACAUCCACGACACCAGCGGUACACAUAGUGAGCGAUGACCCUCUCUGUACCGCUUGUUCCGUGCCCCUACUCACGAGUGAUAAUGUCUCCUCGCUUUGCAGCGAGGAGUCCGACGUGGACGAGCAGUGGCUCCCGCGUAAUGACGACGCGGACGAGCAGUGGCUCCCGCGCGACGACGACGCGGUCGAACAGCGGUUCCCGCACGAGAGAGCAGCGGUCGAACACGAACAAGUGUUUCCACCUGCACCCAUUGUGGUCGAGCAGAGGCUCCCACAAGGGCAAGAUGUGGCCGAGCAGGGGCUCGCCACCGAGUGUGACGUGGAUGGACAAGAGUCCCCACGUGCGAACAUGAUGGGGCUCCCACACGAGUUUGUGGCGGUAGAGCAGGGGCUCCCGCAUCAUGCGUCGACGGACGAGUAUGGACUACUCCCGUCACGCGAUUUUGACGUCCUGGAUGAGGACAUCCAGCGUCUAGAGGGGGGUGCAGAUUUAACACCUGACUGCGGUUCGCCAGCUUCGAGCAUGGACUCGAAGCACGAUGGGGACGCAAGCUACGAGAACUCAGCGUGGGAAUGUGUCCACGCUAUUGUGUACGUGGACGGGGGUCCACAAAGGCGCCAAUACAUUGAGGUCGCGAGUCCACCUCGCGACGCGUCGUCGAUUACAAGCCUUCCAGGACUCUCCUGGAAGCAUUUUCUACGUGACCUCAAGGGAGGCACGGUGGAACAAGUAUGUCUGGUCACCAACGAGGUGACCUAUGAGCCGAAUGAGGAGCGAAUGACGCGCCCUCGAAGCGCUGAGCAAAAGUCAGCGCGCGAAGAAAGAUUUGCGUCGCAAUCUUGGGAGGCUCUGCGCGAGUCUGGUAACCCUGUUUACGAUUUUGCACGAGAGUACGCCGACGUGUUCCCGGACAAGAUUCCGGCCGAACUCCCUGCCGAUCGUGGCGUGCGGCACGAGAUUGAUCUCGUGCCAGGACCGAAAUAUUGUGUGACACGCCAGUGGCCGUUGCCUCGAGAGCAAGUCGAGGCUAUUGAUGCAUUCUUCGAAGGUCGUCGCAAGGCCGGUCAUGUGCGUGAGAGUGUCUCACCCCUUUCGAGCCCAACCUUCUGCGUGAAGAAGGCUACGGGAGGCUGGCGUAUAGUGCAUGCGUUUAACAAGCUCAACGAUGCCACUAUUCCUGCCCAAACGCCUAUCCCCAGGAAAGACAUGGUUCUAAACUUCAUGUCAGGUAGCGUCAUCUUCAGCGCCAUCGAUCUGACCGAUGGCUUCUACCAGAUCUUGAUGCGACAGAGUGAAAUACCACUCACUGCGGUGUCCACCCCGAGUGGUAUGCUAUGGGAGUGGCUGGUGAUGCCACAAGGAUUGAAGAACGCACCAGCCACUUUCAAUCGCAUGUUAUCUCAAGUGUUGAGACCGCUUCGAGACUUUGCUCCUAGCUACUUCGAUGACAUUUUUGUCCACAGUCGCGCUGAGGGCAACCUCAGUGCUGUCCAAGUUCACCUUCAACACCUGAAGCAGGUGUUUCAAGUCAUGCGAGAUAACAAGUUAUAUGCAAACUUGAAGAAGUGUGUAUUCUGUGCACCGGAGAUUCCGGUGCUGGGCUGCUACGUGAGUAAAUCGGGUGUUCGAGCCGAUCCAGAGAAGGUGUCGUCAAUCUGUUCUUGGCCCACACCCGAGAACCCUACGGAGUUACGUCAAUGGCUCGGUCUAGCUAAUUACUUGCAUAAGUGCACAAAGGAUUACGCCGGUUCUAUACAGCCCCUGUCGUCACUUCUGAAGAAAGACGCCACGUGGUCGUGGCGCCCCAAACAUCAAGCAGCCUUUGACGCAGUGAAGAAGAGCCUGGCGUCGGCGCCAGUGUUGAUACUCCCUGACGACACCAAGCCGUUUCACGUGGUGUGUGAUGCAAGUGACUUUGCAAUUGGUUGCGCCCUCAUGCAGUUCGAUCAUGAGGGCCGUGAACGAUUCGUGAGCUACCAGUCACUACAGAUGAAGCCGGCAGAGAAGAACUAUCCGGUUCACGAUAAGGAACUGCUAGCGAUGCGCUAUGCACUCAUCAAAUUUCGUGUCCACCUACUGGGCGAACGCACUUUGCCCUGUAUACUGAUCAUGCAUCGCUGCGAACAGCAAUGA